UGUCAACUACAAUGGAGCCGAGUGGGGAACAGGAGGGCGACGAAGCAAAAGAUACAAGUGAAAAACCAGAAGAGGUACCAACUGUAGCAGAACAGCAGCCGGAAGAGAUCAAAGAAGCAUCAGCUGAAACUAAAUCAUCUCCAGAAGGAGAAGAAGGAGAAAAGCUAGCUGAAGAUGAGUAUGAGGAGGCAGGAAGUGCUGCAAGUGAAGAAGAAGAACCACCACCAGAACCAGAAAAAACCCCAGAACCAGUGAAGAAGAAGAAAAAAGAAGUAGUAGAGAAGAAGAUCUCUGAAAAUUUCUAUUAUAACUAUGAAGAACUGUGCUCUUAUCCCUAUAUAACUCCAGAUUCUGGCAUACCGGUGAACCUGCUCUCUCUUAUGCAUUCUUUUGGAUAUGACUGCACUAGACGAGCAAACCUCCAGAUGCUGGAUAGUCAGAUUCUCCUCUACAUAGCUGGAAGCCAGUUAGUUCUUCUGGAUUUGAAAUCGAACUAUCAGAGAUACCUUCGAAGCACAGGUGGUGGAGGGAUUGGUGUAAUCACGGUAUGACGUAUAUCUUAAAGAAUUUUUGCUUA